AUGGCAACAAACUUGGAUCGGCCGCAAACUUGUGCGAUCUGUCAUGGCAAGGCUUAUGGCUACAACUAUGACGUGGUCUCAUGUAACGCGUGCAAAAUGUUCUUUCGAAGAGCAAACGUUGAGGGAAUUGGCGAAAAUUGUAAAAGUGGUGGUGGAUGUUACGACGGAGAUGAUUUCAAGAAAGACCGCCCUCGCUGUCGAGCAUGUCGGUACAGGAAAUGCAUUGCACUUGGAAUGCAGCAUAAAUCGACCGACUCUGACGCAUCUCCGUCUCCAGGGCCAGAUACCCAUCCUCGCCAACAAGCUAAAAAAUCUAUGAUAGUAGCAGUAGUACAAAAACCACUGGUGACACAGGCUCAUAUAGAUUCAAGGCUCAUUCAACAGAUGUUGGUCCUUCAUCAUACGCGAAGAGAAGUUUACCUUACAAUCAACAUAUGUGAAGAUCCCAGCUUCUUAGAUUUGGUACUUGAAGGUUCCAAUUUAUCAAAGUACAAACGACCGCAACCAAUCGAAUGGGAGAAAACAGAACGAAAAUUAAAACCAUGGGGCUCUUUGGGUGUUUUGCUGAUCGUCGAGAUUGUGAAAGCCAUGUCUUUCUACGAAGAACUCCUACUUUCAGAUAGGGUGAUUCUCCUGAAAAAUGUGGCUUUUAAAAGCCAUCAUCUCUCAAUUGCAUUCGAUUCGUUCAUGGCAAAAAAGGGGAGAGUGCUUGCCCCAAAUGGAGAAGAAAUGUUCCCAGAUCAGCUUUUCCAAAUUGCCGAGUGCUACGAUAUCAUAAUGGACCUGCUGACAUCACCUAUGCAACCACUUUUAGAGCUGAAUCUCACUGAAAAUGAAUAUUUGCUGCUGAACAUGAUCAUGAUUUGUAAUCCAGCACUUUCGGGACUUUCUCCAUCCGGUCAGGAGAUUCUAUCAAAGGAGCAACAGGCUUAUGCUAAACUACUUCUUCAAGUCUGUAUGAUGCGAGAUCCUAGGGAAGGACCAGCAAGAUACGGAAAAAUUUUGGCAGUCAUUGAAAAGCUGGAACGUCAAAAGGAUGUGACACAUCGAGUGGUUCACACUCUUCGAAGAAAAUGGAAACCAGAUUUUCAUUUUUCUGGAGUGUUAACGGAAGCUUGUCGCUUGGAUUCCGACAGACUACCCUAUAUGAAAACUGAAAUUUAG